CGAAUUGUAACAUUUCUACUAUUAGGAACAUUUCGUAAUUAAAGGUAAAUACAGGGGCAAACGGAGAGAUAUAAAAGAAGCUUCGUUAUCCUCUCAAACUCAUCUUCUUCUUCCGACAUAGCUAGCCCACAAUGUUCAGCCUCUCUAUCUCCUCACCAGGGACAGCAGUGACUUUCCCUAGAGGAAGAACUGGUUCGGCGACUUCAACCUCUUCUUCGUUCCAUGGCGUCAGAAUCCAACACCAGGUCUCUGCUCGCGUGCCCAUUUCUUCAUCGUCUGGUAAAGCAAAUGUGGUGGUGAAGAUGUCGAAAAGAGACGUGGAGUUGAAAGAUAUAAGAGCGAAGACGACGGAGGAGCUUAACGAGGAGGUUAUUGAUCUUAAAGGAGAGCUGUUUAUGCUCCGUCUCCAGAAAUCUGUUAGGAACCAUACAGGUGGGUAA